AUGAAAGAUCCUGAAGAUGGGGAUAAUGUAGAAAAAUACAGUGAUAACAACGAAGAACUGUCGGACGGAAAAGAACGAUGGUCUUGCCCAGCCUGUUGUAAACAGGGACGAGUUACCCGAAGCGGAUCCACAUGCGGUGCUCGUUCAGAAACCACUGCUCCUUUACAACCAGAUCAGUCUACCCCUACCGACACUCUCACCCUUAUACUUAACCAAUUAUCAACUAUGGCCAGUGACAUAAAGGAUAUUAAGAACUCUCAAUCUCAACUCAGAACUGAUGUUGCUUAUUGUAGAAACUUGCUACAGCAACAUUCGGACUCGAUCUCUCGGCAUGAUGACUUAAUAGCGGCCUGCGAAACCAACAUACAAAAUAUCCAGGUUACUCAAACAGAGCUGUCUUCUAACAUUGCUAAUAUUGAAUCGAGACUUGCAAGAUCUAUGGAGAUGAUGCACUCAGGCAACGGCGCUUCUUCUACCCCUAUUGCCCCAAGCUCCCAAGCUGAGACAAUGGAGUUAUUUAGACGUUCCCACAAUAUCAUUCUGAGGGGCAUAGCUGAAGGUAACGAUGACAUAAACAUAGUAUCAGAGAUAAUUAGGCAUAUUGAACCAUCUGCCGAAAAUCACCGACUCAGCAUCACUCGCCUUGGCAGAACAACUUCAAGCAAUCGUUUAAUUAGAGUUUUGUUUUCCUCACCUAUUAUCGUCAGCAAUAUUUUGCGGAAGAAAAACUCCAUCCUUAGCCACCCUACGCUUCGUCACGUAAAAAUCUCUGACGACAAAACCAGAGAUCAAAUGCAAGAACUACAACACCUUCGCGAAGAGCUUAGACGUCGUCAAACAACAGGCGAAAGUAAUAUUACUAUAAAAUACGUUCGUGGUAAACCUUCUAUAGUGCACACAGCUACCCAGGAGAUCACACCUUCAAAAAACUGA